AUGACAGAGUUUGAUUUCACCACACAAGUUACGAAGACACUACAGAUAAAUCGGAAAGAACAAAAUCAGAAUGCAGAAACUCUCUCGCGAUUACUAGAUUCGAGAUUCCGUGCAAAUGAAACCUUGAAAAAUAUCAAUAUAGAACUCCUCGUCUCGGUCGGAGGAUCUACGAGCCGAUUAAGAUCUACCUCUUCUGAAAGAAGUGAAGUUGCACUUUCUUCCGUACUUGUUGCUCGAAAGUUGAAUCUAGCGAAAGAGAGAGCCAAAAAAACAAAGCAUUGCAUUCAAGGAGCACUGAGUAAACAAGAAAUUCUAAGAAAGCUAAAAGUUAGUCUUAUUGCUGGAGACUUGGCUGGAGCAUUACAGCAGUCGGUGGAAUUCAGCAGCCUCCGAGAAAUCUCCAUUCAAAACUUCAUUCCAUCGCAAAAUUCUUUCGAGAACGAACUCUCAGUCAUUAAGAACGAUGUGGAAUCAAUAUUAAACAAGAAAAUAGAGCUCAUUUUGAAUGAUGCUACCUUCAGUGAAGGUGACUUCUUCUUCAACUACAUUGAAAUUGCCUCUAAGAUUGGUGGCGCUGAAAAAGUUGUUCAAUACUUAUCCAAAUAUACCCAGAUUCAUGUAUGGAAGAACUACGAGAAUAUUAUCACAGUAUGUGAAGGGCCUGAAGAUGUUUUUCGUAGAUGUUUUCUGAAUUCAAUCACGUGCCUAUUUGAUAAUACUCUUGAAAUAUUAGACAAGAAAUGUAGAAGCUUGACUUCAAUUUUGUAUGAGAAUUUGGUCUCUGAAUAUGUUCUCUUAUGCCACGAAGAAUGCAGUAAAGUUCUUCAAAAAAUUUUGAUGAUGUAUCUAAAUCGAAGGAAAUUUGAUCGCGAUGUACUUCAAGCAGAGAUCAUGGAGAGAAGUUGUGCCUUACCUGCUCAUGACAUUGAUAUCUUUCUGGAAGAGUUGUCUGGACUAUGUGCUCAGUAUGAGCAGUACCGAAGAAUAUAUUGUUCGAAAAUUACCGAAAUUUGCGACAAUACAAUAUUUCGUCUUAAUCCUGACAAGCUGUAUGAGAAUAAAUUGAAAGAUUUUGAGAAAAUUUAUGAAAUUUAUUGCUCACUCGAAUUUCUUUACAUAAAAAAAAGUAUUUACAUCGCGUUCAAUGUCGAGGAGUAUGGGAAUUUUCUUACGAGCUCAAUCGUUGACGAUGUUCUAUACAUUUCGGAGCGUAGCAUUAAACGAGCGAUACAAACAGUUUCAUAUGAAUGUGUUAGCUCUGUUCUAGACUCAGUGAACUCUGCUUUUACUUGCCACGUGUUUCCUGAGCUCUCAGGUAGAAUAACAAGGCAGGCAAGUUGCAUAAAAACGGAUCAACUCGUUGAUGCAAUCGAAUUUCACCAUGUUUCUGCUGGAAAUACCCAGGCGAAAUUAGAAUUUCACGCUUUUAUUCGAUCAUUGAAUGAUAUAGAUGCUAUGAGCGAAGUAAUACUGAAGUUAGAUGAAUUGCUUAUUUCUGGAGAAAUGCAUGGUAAAAUCAAGGAAGAAGAGUACAUAUUAAAUUGUACCAGAAACCUUAAGGAGUCUUCGUUACAAUUUAAAAAUCUUUGUUCUAAAAUGGUUGACAUUGUUUCAAAUGCUUUUGUUGAUAUAUUUGGUACGUGUCUUCAGAUCUUAACUGCAACUUCAUACGAACUUGCUCAUGAUAAGUAUGAAGAUAAUCACAACAAUUGGAUUGGGCAAAUCAUUGUAGUUUUUCAGAAAAUCACUGAAAAUUUAGUUCCCAUAAUGUCAUCCUCAAACUUUAGCAAAGUUGUGCAUCAAAUCCUUGAAGAUCUUUCAAGACGCAUUGAGAUGAUUGUCAUGACGCGAUUGCGGUUCAAUCAUCUUGGAGGUCUUCAUUUUGAACGAGAAAUCCGGAAAUUAGUUGCAAACUUAACAAGUUUGAUGCAGUGCCAAAUGCGUGAUAUUUUUUCACGUCUGAAUCAAAUUGGAAUGGUACUGAGCUUCGAGACAUUCGACGAAAUAAUGGACUAUUGGGGCGAUCGCUCAGGAUUGUUGACUUGGCGUAUCAAUAGAUCUGAGGUCAAAAGAAUUCUCUCACUGCGAGUAGAUUUUAGGUUAGAUUCCAUUGAAGCCUUACAGUUAUAA